UGGUAGCGAUCAUGUUACAGUGAAACAAACGUAAAAUAAGUCGGACAAGAGGAACACUUUAAAAUAGUUCCAAGUAUUAUAUAUAUAAAUGGUAUAGAAAAUGACACGAUGUAACUCGAUGAACAGUAUUAUCAAACGAUCCUCUUUAUUGUAUCAACAGUAUAUCUCACUUUCAUGUACAUGCUUCCUAUCCAGGAAUGUCCUCCUCUCUAUGUCUUUCUCUUUUUCUCUUUCUGUUUCUCUUUCCCUCUCUCUCAUUUACUCUUACCCUCCUCGUUCCAGCAACGUAGAAAUCGAUUUGAAAUCCAACGCAUGCCCUCCUCGUUUAUCGUACCAAGAGUUGUUCACUCAGUCAGUGGCAUUAGAACUAUCGCACCAGAUAGAUACUAUUUAACAAAGGGUUAUGAUAGAAAACUUUAGCUUCUAUUUGAUGCCCAAGUGAUUGUAAAGAAGGCACACCAAAAUUCGACUUAAUUCAAGAUGAUAUUAAAAUUUUAAUAGAUAAUAAUCUUUCGUGUGUGCUGUCAAAUUUUCAGACAACAACGGGCGAUUAAAUCUUAAGAAUUAAAUAAAUUGACUUGAUAAUAUUCGAAAGAAUAUUUAUGGGUUGUAAACCUUUCUGGCAUCGAGGAUUAGAGCUGUUAUUGCUCUAUAUCCUCCACCAUGGUAUACUUGCUGAUGGUGAUGUCGGAUGUAGAUUUAAUAUUAAUCUUUGCGAUUCCCAAACUGAAGUAUGUUACGACGAUUUAGCAUUUGGAAAGUGUAUACCUUUGUAUUCUAAUUUCGAUGAAGAAGAUCUCUAUCAGUAUAAUUUAGACAGUGAAAAAUUGAACAUAUUACAAUUACAAUUGCAAAGAUUAGAAACUGAAGGAUACAAAUGGUCUCAUCCAUAUACCCAAUGCAUAUUACGAACUUCUUUAUAUAAUCUUCGACAUCGAUUGGAUAAAGAUCUUCAAAAUUGUCAAUAUUUCAUAGAAAACAGUAGAUACCGUUUGAAAGAUGAAGAUAUCAUUGAUGAAAAGGAUAAAGAAACAGUACCCUUCGCAAUAGUAAAAUUUACGCCAAACGAUGGUAAUUCUUACGGAGAAUUUGCUAAUGAAAUUUAUUAUCCACCUGGUACUCGUGAUGAGUCAACAAGAUUAUUAAUGGAUGAUAAAGAAUUUCCUGAUCUACCAUACAGUACGAAAAAUGAUCCUGAAUUGAAACCGAUGCAUCAAUUAUAUAAAUUAACGUAUUCCUCGGAUCCUUACAACAAAUAUUCUACAAUUAACGACGAUUAUAUUUAUAAAAAAAAGUUACGUAAAAAAUCUUUGAGUUUGGACGAAAUCAAAGGACAACUUUAUCAAUCGGAACCCUAUUCCGUGAACUCUAAAACACGCUACGAUAAAGAAGAUUUGAAUUUAUUUAAGGAUGCAUUGGACGAUGAUAAUCUAAUUAGGAAACUUAACUCUAAUAGACAUUUUCAAGAUACUACAAUAAAGUCUACAAACAAUUUGGAUUUUUUGAACAACGAUAGAUUUAAAUUCGAUGAAUCGUACAAUGACAAUUUUGAAACUGUUCCUGAAGAGGAUUAUGAAAAAACUUUUUCGAGAAAAUAUAAGCACCCGACAACGUCUUCCAUUGAAUUUUUAAAUGAGGAACCAUUGUGGAGGGAUAAUACCAAACGACAUGUUAACAUUUAUCCAAAUUUCGAUUACCAAAAUAAAAAUCUUGCCGAUAUGGAAAUGGAUUUGCAAAGAAACGAUGAUUUUGAUUUGCCUAGAGAAGAUGCAUUGUUCACUGAAGGAGGAAUGGUCCAAUCUUUGAACCCAUCGACUGGUCCUUCGGAUGUUGAUGAUACACCAUUUAGAAUUUAUCUUGACGAUUUGGAUGCAAUUUUACUCAGACGCGAAUUGUCAGGUUUUAAACGACGAGAAAGAUUGGAUGUUAAAAAACCAGGCCCACUGUUUUCAACGAAUAAUCAUAUAUUUAAAAUGCAAACUCCUAUAACUCAAAAAGAUUCUAUUAUUCAAACUACCACAGAGCAAGAAGAUAAUAAUAGCGAUGUUCCAAUUUCAUUACCGGUAAAAAAGGAAUUAAAAAGUAGCGGUAAAUCUUACGAAAGGUCUUAUAAAAAUGUUGACACUGAUCAUGUUUACAUUGAAUUUCAACAAGAAUUUCACACUUGGUCUGAGGGCGAGCGUGUUGUUAACGAGGUUGGUAGAUUAUUGAAUUUAAAUCCUGGAACUUUGAAAGACAUUAGAGUUGGACGUGCAGAAGUAACAUUCAAAGUUACAAAAAAUAACAUGAACUUUAACUCUACUGACGUUGUAAAUAACAUCGAUCAUAUACGAAACAAUUUACGAGAUACUCUAGGAGUAGAUGUGAUUCGUGCAGGCAUUGGAGAUAAGGCAAAAUUACCUGCAACUUUGGAAGUACCAAACGAUGUAGAAAUAAGUUCGACGUUAUUUGGAGCUAUAGUAGCUGCUGGAAUAGCAGCUGCAAUAACAGCAGCAGUAGUAACAUUGGUAAUAGUACGACGUCAUGCAAAAUCACGAGAAAAACUCGCAGGAUUGGCAACACCUGAUCCUGAGGCUUCUAAAGAUUAUCAAGAUCUUUGUAGAGUAAGAAUGCAGGCUAAACAAACACCAGAAAAACAAGAACCAUGGCGCCCCUCAUCAUCUCGUGAAAAUGAAACGAAUAAUUUUAUAUGUGAUCGUUCCAGCACAUCUUCUUGGACCUUCGACGAACCUGCUUUUUCGAACAUGGAUAUAUCAACAGGAAAUAUGGUUCUAAGUUAUAUGGAAGAUCAUCUGAAAAAUAAAGAUCGUUUAGAUCAGGAAUGGGCUGCAUUGUGCUCUUAUGGAACAUCCGCGACCGAUGUUACAGAAAAUGAUACUAAUUCGAAAUAUAAUCGUCCCAAUGCUUCACUUCCAUACGAUCAUUCUAGAAUUGUAUUAAACGAACUCACAAACGCUAAUAACUCUAACUACAUAAAUGCAUCAACGAUUAAACCGACGGAUCAUGAUCCACGAAAUCCAGCUUACAUUGCAACGCAAGGACCCUUACCAGAAACAGCAGCAGAUCUUUGGCAAUUAGUAUGGGAACAGGGUAGCGUUGUCAUUGUAGCAUUAACACGACUUACCGAAGAUGGUCGGGCUAUGUGUCAUCGUUAUUGGCCAGAUCAAACUGAAGGAUCCGAACGAUAUCAUAUUUAUGAAGUACAUUUGGUUUCGGAACAUCCAUGGUGUGACGAUUAUUUGGUCAGAUCGUUUUAUUUGAAAAAUUUGCUAACUGGUGAAACACGUACUGUCACACAAUUCCAUUUCCUUUCUUGGCCAGAGAAUAGUGUACCUCACUCAACCAAGGCAUUACUGGAAUUUCGCAGGAAAGUUAAUAAAUCCUAUAGAGGUCGAUCCUGCCCCAUUGUUGUUCAUUGCAGCGAUGGUGCUGGUCGUACUGGUACCUACUGUUUGAUUGACAUGGUCCUAAAUCGCAUAGCGAAGGGAACUAAGGAAAUAGAUAUUGCUGCAACAUUAGAACAUAUUAGAGAUCAAAGGCCGAAUAUGGUUGCUACUAAACAACAAUUUGAAUUUGUAUUAAUGGCUGUCGCGGAAGAAGUACACGCAAUCCUAAAGGCUUUAUCCAUUCCUUCAAACGAAAACGUACCAACUAAGGAAAAUGUUUCUUCAUCACCUACGAAAACUAAUCAGUGGCUGUAACCUAUUAACAACAACCUUCGUGGAAAAAUCCGGACUGGCGAUCAUAGGGAAAGUACUACGUAAUUAAGUCCAAUGUACCUUGAAGAAUGGCCAAAUAUUUAAUAGUAAAUGUAUAAUCAUAUUGAUAUAUUCUAUUGAAAUAACUGCUAGUUUCUUCUAUAAGUUUCUAUCACUUUGCCUUUUGAUCAAUAAUAUUUUUAACAUUGUAUACACUAUUUACGAUGAUUCUCUAAUUGGUUUUAGAAUUGGGCUAUAUAUAAAUAUACAUAUAUAUGAAAAAAAAAAACAAAAAAAAGAACAAAAAAAAUGAAAAAAAUCAACUAAGCAAUUUAAAAACAAAUGGACUACACAAUAACGAACCAUUAGAGUGUUAAAUAACUCUCAAAGCAAUGCUUCUUACGAUUAAAUAUUAUCGAGCGUUCCAGUAUAUUAAUCUAAUUGCAUUAAUGCAAUAAACUGAUAUACUUUACACACACAAAAUCUAUUUCGUCC